GCAAUUUCUGGUCACACUUACGCCGACAGCUGCCACUGCCCGUUCAUCUUUAUAUAACCUCAAACAAAUAUUACAAAAUUGGAUACUUUUGUAUUUGCUAAAAUUGUUCAAUAAAAACAUCAUGUCUGAAUUUGAGAACAUGGCCGGCAGCGACAAGGAGCUGCAGGAGUUCCUAAUGAUUGAGAAACAGAAGGCGCAGGUCAAUGCGCAGAUUCAUGAAUUCAACGAGAUCUGCUGGGAGAAGUGCAUCGGGAAGCCGAGCAACAAGCUGGACAGCGCCACCGAGACGUGCCUGAGCAACUGCGUGGACCGCUUCAUCGACACCUCGCUGCUCAUCACCCAGCGUUUUGCCCAGCUGCUCCAGAAGCACGGCGGCGAAUAGUAGGGUAUCCGGGAGAGACAGGAACCCAUGGAGCUUCCUCCUACAGCAGUCCUACUGUUAAUUCUAAUUGUAAACACAAAAUUUAUCAAGUAAGCCCACUUUUUUUUUUGUCGUAGCGUGCAAUUUCCUUGCGACCCUCCCAUGUUCCCGGACAAAAGGAGCACAGUUUCCACCAACCGCCUGCUGCCGGCACAUCCGAACUUAGGGAGUGUGAGGGGUGCUAGGGGCAGUGCCGGAGGAACUGCAAGUCCCUGUAACAUAUUUCUAACUUUUCUAUGGCACCGACACUCUGAAAAUACAAAAAUAAAUUCAAUUCUCGUUGCGUGUUAUC